AUGAGCCCUGGCCCAUCGUCUCCCCACCCACGUGUCCUCGCUGCUGCUGGUUCGCCCCUUGUUGGCCAUAUGCACCCGUCGCUGCUCGGUGCGGUGGAUGACGUGCGCGAGUGGCUCAAGUACGUCUUUCAGACGCGCAAUCGGUUCACGCUCGGCGUCAGCGGCUCCGGCCACGCCGCCAUGGAAGCCGCAGUCAAUGCCGUUGUGGCUCCUGGCGAUGUCGUGCUGGUCGCGGUGAACGGCAUGUGGGGCGAGCGAAUGGCGCUGCUCGCGCGGCGACACGGCGGCGACGUGCGAACGAUCCAGGCGCCUCUGGGGGAGGUGUUUUCCCUCUCCGACUUCGCGCGCGCGCUCGAGGCGAACCCGGGAGUCGCGGCGAUGUUUGUGGUACAUGGCGAGUCGAGCACGGGCACGCUGCAGCCGCUGGAAGGAUUGGGGGAGCUUUGCCAUACGCACGGUGCGCUGCUGGUGGUGGAUGCGAUUUGCACGGUGGGAGGGGUGCCUGUUUUGAUGGACCAGUGGGAUAUCGAUGUGUGUUACAGCGGGUCUCAAAAGUGUUUAUCAUCGCUUGUAUCACCAUCGCCAUUCUCCAUGAAUGAGCGUGCAAGACAGAAGCUCAAAAGCAAGGCGCACCAUAUCCAAACAUACUACUUCGAUAUGAACGUGGCCGGAGCUUUUUGGGGCGUUGAUGGCAAACCACAUGUGUACCAUCACACAUCGAUCGGCAGCAACAUCAUGGCCAUCAGGGAGGCACUAGCUUUGGUGGUGGACGAGGGGCUGGAGAGCGUGUGGCACCGCCACCAAUCGCUGGCUGACAAACUCUGCGCUGGUAUCGAGGAGCUUGGCCUAGAGCUAUUCGUGAAGGACCCCGCCAUCCGCCUGCCCACCGUGACAACCAUCAAGGUGCCCGAGGGCGUGCAGUGGGCGCACGUGACGGCUUACCUCAUGGAGAAAUACAACCUCGAGAUUGCCGGGGGGCUGGGACCCACCGUUGGCAUGGUGUGGCGAAUUGGCAUAAUGGGCAACAACGCUCGUCCGGCCAACAUAGCACUCGUGCUGCGAGCACUUAAAGACGCUCUGCACCACUUUCCGCGAAGGUUGGGGCUGGUAACAACCCUGGAGGCCUCUGCGGUGCUCGUGCUUGUGUACGUCUAG